GCUUGAUUUGCCUAUUACAUGAAACGCCACCACCACAAGCACCACCACCAUCACCAUUGCGGCCCCCCUUAUCUGGCUUAAUCUGCGAUCGUCCGGAGUUCCGGCCGCGUACAUAUAACCCCUCACUUCACCCUCACUUAUGGGGAACCACCCGCAUAAUCUACCUACCUAUCCCCUCAAACAUUAUUUGCUUUUCCAAGACAUUCCCUACAGCAUCUGAAUAAGCCACCCGUAGACCAAGACAACGCAAAAGCAAAAAAAUAAAAUAAAAUAAAAAGCAGCCAUGGCUCCCGUCACGGAACUCAUCUCCCUAACCCUCAAACCGGACCUCCCCGCCGCCGAAGCCGUCUCCAUCCUCGACACGACCGCCGCCACCCUAGUCGCACAGCCGGGGUGUCUGCGCGUGCGCACGUCCCGCGUGCACGAGGACCCCAACGCAGUGCGCAUCUUCGCCGACUGGGAGGCUGUCGCCGCGCACCGCGCCUUCGAAAAGACGGAAGCAUACGCGCCCUUCAAAGCGCGCGUCUCCUCCGCCGUCGCCUCGCCGCCCCAGCGCCCCUACCACGUCGAGUUCACGCCCUUCCCCGUCGCCGCCCUCGACAACACCGGCCCCAACAGCAAGACCUCCGUCGCCGAGGUCCUGCACAUCUGGUUUCCGGGCGACUACCCCGAGGACGCGCGCACGCGCUCCACGGACGCGGUGAACGAGUUUACGCGGCGGAUGACGUUGUUUGCGGAUGGGAUGACGGGCGAGACGGCGCUGGGGUGGUCUGUGGAGCGGGAUAUCGACCGUGAUGGCGAGCCGAGUAGUGUGUUGAUUUUGAUCCUGGGGUGGACGAGUGUCGAGGCGCAUAUGAAGGCGCGCGAUCACCCCGAGUUCGCCAAGGUUAUUCCGUUGUUGAAGGACCUUGAGGGAUUAAAGGGUAUAGAGAUGUAUCAUGUGAGCAACACUACGGUUGAGGCGAGUAGCUAGAUGCGCUGAACGUGAGAUGAGACGGCGGGGUCCAAGAUGAACGUGAAGAAUACCGUCUUGUUUCUUGACCAAGUUAGUGUGUGUAUCACUCUUCAUAGUUACACGAUAUGAUACUUCACGAAAUAUAGUAAAUGCCCAACAUAAGAUUCAGCCAAGACCGUGGUACUCUUUCCUGGAUAUUUGUACAUUAGGUAGGUUGCAGCUAGUAUAAGUUCCCCCUUUUUCUCCUGCACGCCCUAUAUCCAAAUAAAAUACAAGGUAAUAUACACACA